AUGGCCCCGGUUGCCACACUCAGGCGAGUGGAUCGCUACCCACAGUGGGCCCUCGCCACUCUGGCCGUGAUCAGCCGGCUCAUCCCCUGGGCGCUACUUCGCCUAUUGAGCUCUCUUCCGGCUUUCGACUCCUCCGCCCAGCUGCUCUCCGGUAGAGAAUCGUCUACGAGUCUGCGAUGGGAUGCGAUCCACUUCGCAUCGAUAGCCAAGGAUGGCUACCGAUACGAGCAGCAUAUUGCUUUCCAGCCGGGAUGGCCUCUCCUGCUUCGGGCGCUAAGCUCGGUCAUUCCUGGCCAGACGACAGGGGUAGAUGAGGUGGGAAGGAUAGCGCAAAUGGGCGAGCUCCUAGCUUGUGGGAGCUAUGUCGGCGCGACAAUCAUGCUGUACAGGCUGACUUGCCGAAUCUCGACUCCUCCCUUCGCCUUGACGGCGUCGCUACUCUACCUCCUCCCGCCCGCGCCAGGUGUGCUGUCUUCGUCAAUGAGCGAGCCGCUAUUCGCCCUGCUCACCUUCACCGGCUUCUACCUAGCGGUCCGGCGGAGAUUCUGGCUCUCAGCUCAGGUCCUGGCAGGGGCGACCUCUGUUCGUGCGACUGGCGUUUUGGCGGUGGGGCCGGUGGCGUGGAUCAUGAUGUUCGGAGAGGAGCCGAUUCUGCGGACAUUGAGGAGACCCGUGCGCUUGGCACGGAGAUGCAUAUCGUGCAUUCCGCCGGUCGCUAUCAUCAUCGCACCCUUCGUCACGUCCCAGACAUACUUCUACUAUGCGCUCUGUCAAGGUGGGGAACGGGAGGAAUGGUGCAGUAAUGCUCUUCCCCUUGCUUACAGCCAUGUUCAGGAGAAAUACUGGAACGUCGGGAUGCUCAACUACUGGAGCCCCGCUCAAAUCCCAAACAUCCUGCUCGCCCUGCCAGUCCUCCUCGUCUCCCUUCUCGUGCCGUACGUCUCCACCGCCACUCGUCAGACCAAUCUGCACAUCCUCCUCCCGUUCUAUAUCCACUCUCUCGCCCUUACGCUCCUCCUCCUCUUCUCGGCGCACACGCAGAUUGCCCUCCGGGUAUGCGUGACGGAUCCGGUCAUUUGGUGGAGCCUUGCGGGGCUGGCUUUCAGGUGGAAAGGGUCAUCGCGGUCGUUCGGGGCAGCGUCGACGGAUACGGAGGGAAAGGAAGAUGACAUGACCCGGAUGAGCAAGGUAUGGGUAUGGUGGACGAUCAUAUAUGGGGCCAUCAGCAUUGUCUUGUGGGCAGGUCACUAUCCGCCCGCAUAG